AUGGAGUUCCCCGAGGAAAUCUGGACGCGGAUAUUCUCCCAAUUGAUCCCCCAGAAUGAUCCUCAUAGCGAGGAGAAAUGCUCUCCAUACCGGCCUCUCCGCACACUAUGUCUCGUCAGCCGCAAGUUUCGCCGCCUUGCUCAGCCAAUUCUCCACCACACGGUCUUCAUGGUGGAAGACCGGACACGAAAACAGCGCGGGAUAAAGCUCCUACGAACCCUGCAUCAGUGCCCUUCUCUGGCCCGCGCUGUUCGCAGCCUGUCCUUGGCUAGCUUCUGCAUAUCGGUCGAGGAUCAGCAAUUUCCAGACAAGGCGAAGCUCUUGGCCGACGUGCUUCGAUCUCUGGGCAUCCCGUCUCUCCUCAGGGACCAGCUUGACAUUAAGCCCUCUUCCCAAGAAGACGUGGACGGGGUACCCAUGAUCCUCGCACUCACCACAGCGGUUCAGCAUGUUGACAUCACCAUCACCGAAUUGGACUGGCAUAUGCACAUUUCCCACCAGCUCGCAGGCUCAAUGCAACCAGACGAACCAAACCCGCCUCGUGACUACGCAAAUUACGGAUUGCCGAAUCUCAAACACAUCUCCAUCAACGCGGAGUAUAGCCCAAUGAACACCAGCAUUUCCUACGUGGAGCCUGCGCUACUACGCUCAGAUCUGGCCAGUCUACGUCUCGCACACGUGAAUUGGCACUCAGCCUGGGUAGAACCCGCCGCGAGACCCAGCCACACUUCCAAUCUGUAUUCUCUCAUCCUUGAUGACUGCAUUGUGGAUGAGGUUACUCUCAAGGACAUCUUAACGCGGUAUCCCAAACUUCGGCGUCUGUCUCUCAAGUGCGCAGAUGGCAACUCAGCCGUUGACCCCGAUGACUUCGACGGGGGCGACGAAGCCCCUUGGACCUGGCGCAGUAGCCCCUUUGGAGAUGUGUUGAGGGAGUAUGGCAAGCACCUGGAAGAGUUUACUCUUUUGACAGAUCAUCACCGUGAGCGCUCCUAUGCAUUCAGUACCCCUGAGGAUGAGACUGUCUUGGGCUCUUUUCAUGAUUUCCCAUCACUUCGUCAGAUGGAAGUCAGCUUCAGAGAAUUGUUCGGGCAAGGAGAUAGAGAUGGAAGGGUGAAUAUGGACAUGGGCCUGUUACCUCCAAACUUGGAGGAGAUUGUCAUCCCAAGUAGCCAUGGUGCCUACUUUGGCGAGGCGAUAACUCUGAUACAGAGCAAUUCAUUACCCAAGCUCCGCCGGGUCACCUUGCGAUUUACGUGUGGCUGUCUUUGGGACUUGAUGGCUAUUUCGGAGAAAGAGAUUCCCGGGUGGACGUACUUGGAACGGAGGUUGCUUGAUAAAAUGCCUAUCAAGGUUCGCUAUCUGAAUUUUGUUAAACUUCCGAUUGAGCAGAAUCUGCUCUAG